GGAGAGCUUCUCUGCAUACUUCUAGAAUAGCUCAAACGUCCUGCUCUCCAAGCCGACUGAGUUGCCAAGUUCCACCAAACAGUCUCCGCGUGCAGCAUCUCGCCUGGAGACAAGAGCCCAUUCGUUCCUCAACGCUGUGGGAACGCCACGCCCGCAACACAGCCCAGAACCAGCCUCGCGAGAUCCCCCAAAAUGCAGUCUAGGCUGUUUACAGCAAUAUCGGAGAGGCGCAAUCGAUGGAAAUGGUAAGGCAGUAGUUGCACCUGUGCUCGUGGGGGGUGCGCCGAUUAGGCCGAUAAUCUGGACAGCCUUGGAGCCACUGCACACCUCAGACCGCAGUCACACACUGCACUGCACUGCACCGUCUCAUGUACGUGGGCACACCUGUCACCCACCAUCGCACCUUGCUCUUAUUCUGCUUUGUCCUUUCGCUGCAUCUCUCCUUUAACAUUGAUCGACAGCAGGAACGAAGCUUCGACGAUAGAACGCCCGAAGAUUGCGAGGCGACAGCCGGCACCCCGCCGGCCUUGCUCAACGAAAUGGCCGACUUCGUAGCUCCCGUGAAAGCCAUCCUCAAGGCUCUGGAAACAGGAAUCAAGUUAACGAAAAAGGUAUCCGAGUCCGCAGAGCUCGCAGUCUCCGAGUAUGCGAGCUCUGCAACCGAAGCAAAAGCGCAGCAGAUUUCCGAGUUGGCACCCGGUUUGCAGAGGUCGUUGGAGCAAACUUGUCAGGCUAUUCGGGACGCCUAUCAGCAGGAGGUUGAAGCAUGCGGCAAGCCGUUCACAAAGGCUCUGGUCGAGGACAAAACCAUUCAAGCCCGGCUGAAGGACCUCAAAAACGACGUUCGUGAUAGCAUAGACGAAUGCCAAGAUUUCGAGGAUGACCCAGAAUCUUUCGAUCAGACAACAUUUAUGGCCAUCGAGCAACAAGCUAACAAAUGCUCUGCGGAUUGCGUUUCUAUAUUCCGGGAUCUGCGAGAUCAAUUGACCCAAGGCCGGGUUCCCACAUAUAUGCUCGGAAAGGAACCCAAGGACGAUACCACACAGUCUACAAGUACAAGAGUGGACACAAAGCAUAGUCAGAGCAAUCCCGUGGCCAACCUCCAAACAUUCAUGUUGGGAAACCAACCAAAAGACGACAGGAUACAAUUGUCAAGCAUGAGACAUCCCAGCGCAACCAAUUCAAUGCCACCUCCCUACAUAUCACCAGCAACUCCAACUGAACCGAUCCGAAUCACUACUCCUUCUGUUCCAGCUCCCCAAUUCGAGCCAGUGAGGCCGAAGGGUCCUUGGGGAAUCGGGGAUCCUUUAAAUUAUGACAUGAGUCCAACUCUCGGUGGCUCUCUUGGGGCCUCAGCGAGCUUAUUACGGCGGAAACCCGUUGGGGAAGGGUCUCCUGCGGAGCAAUCAGAUGCCCCCCCAUUGAUACCUAAGGAGAUUGUCCACUCUCGGAUUAACGCAAACGAAGAGUUUCUCGAACGACGACGGCAGUCACGUAUCAUGUUCAACAAUGAGCUGCGUUACUCUGCUGUAUCCUCCAUUGAUGAAAACCGGGCCAGCGAGACUUUCAGUGAUGGGCCAUUCUCACCGCUUAGUCCAAGCCCUGCGACGUCUACAAGUCCAGUAGAAGGGCGUGGCUUCAGAGCAAGUUUGAACACAUACGAUAUGACCAGGCAAAGAAGCCAAGGACAUGCUUCACAGGGAACACGCAGCUCAAGAACGAGCUCCGUUCUCCCUGACCGUCAUCCAGUUCAAAGACGUGAUAGUGAAGAUUCGAUAUUCGGUCUUCGUGGUGCAGCACCAGCGAGUCCCUCUAUUAGUGAAAACCAGACUGUUGGGACUUCGGGGAAUAUCGAGCUUUGGUCGCCAAUUACUACGACUGCGAGCCCAGCAGUCAUCGACAACCCCUAUACCUGGGAUCCAGUGCCAGUGCCAACGAAGUUGCAAAUGCCAUCGCCUUCAUUUGGGAAUGAAGUCCCAGCUGGACUUGAACCAGUGAACGUCGCGUACGAUGACGGAAUGAUUGUAGUGAACGCCCCCGAACAAAAUGCUCAGCGCGGACCAACGUUUACAGUGAGGAAAAUGGACUACCCUAUACGACCCGAUAGCUCCUUCACCAAGUUUGGGGGGUUCUGCGACGGCGCCAAAGCAUUAACAAGAGGGGAGACGGGGUUUAAAAUAGCGAAAAGGCCAUCAGGCCAUUAUAGCGCAACUGUUUCGGCCAGGUGUAUCACUUGUUCUUAUGAAGUGGGCUGGAAUGAUGUUGAGAAAGACAAAAUGCUUGACAGAUCCGGUAUAUAUGGUAACAGUGGAAUACGAUUUCGGCAACGAUUUGUGUCAAAGUGCCAUCUGAAGGCAAACUCAAUCGAAACUCCCAAAUAUGCUUGUUUAUUCUGCAUCGAAGUACACAAGACCGUCGAAGAGCACGAUGCAACAAUAUUCUUCUCAGUCGCCCAACUAUUUAAGCACAUCGCCAAACAUCCACAACCUGUACCUCACGUCCACGGCAUUACAGUCCUUUAUGGCCAACAACCCCCAAAUGUAUUGGACUUUGACAUUCAUUUCACAACAUCACAACCUCUGGUUCCCGAAUUUGCGUACGCUGCAAUUGCCCAAAAGGUGGCAAUUCGACCCUCAGCACAGGCCAUUUCUUCCAAUAAUCCAAAAAAUGGUCGCACCGAUUCUCGUGACCCUGAUGGCAAUCCUGUACUACAUUUCGCUGUCGGAGCUCGGAUCAUUGGAAUAACGUUCCCGGACAGGUUCAAUGGUCUAUGGUCUAUUGGCUAUCACGAUGGCCUGCGUGGGUCAUUUCCAACCUCUACAAUUACGAUCGAUCAGCCCGGAAGAGAUGAGGAGGUCAUGAAUUCCAAUAGCAAUCUAGUUGCCUUCGCGAAGUGGGACUUCAAACUAAAGAAAUCAAAAGACGACCCCUGGCUCAAGUUCAGCAAAGGAGAGACAAUUACCCAUAUUGGAUUCAAAUAUCAAGAUCAGUGGUGUUGGACCGGACAGAAUGAAAAAGGACAAUGGGGCUUGUUUCCAAAUGCGUUUGUGGACAGUCUGCACGAUCGUGGAGUCUUCGGUACGAGUCCAGGAAGCGUUAAGAAAGGAGUCCGAAUAAGCCUGUAAGGAAAACAAGCAUCAUGAGUACGAGCAGCGGUGGGAGUAUGAACAGUGUUCAGCCUGGA